AUGGCUACCCAGUGGUAUAUCGAGAAUAAAAAUGUCGGAAACACAGAACUUGCGGAAGACUGGCGAAUUCGGGGUUACAACCCUCUUACCCCGCCGAACCUGCUACAACAUGAGAUCCCUCAGACGCCCGCAUCCAAGCAGACGGUCAUAAGCUCGCGCAAGGAGGCCGCCGCUGUCGUCAAUGGCGGAGACCCGCUCAACAGACUCCUAGUAAUCAUCGGGCCAUGCUCCAUCCACGACCCAGACGCAGCCAUGGAUUACUGCGACCGCCUGCUCCAGCAGAAGGAGAAACACAAGGAUGAGCUACUCAUCGUCAUGCGCUCCUAUCUCGAGAAACCGCGCACCACCGUCGGCUGGAAGGGCCUCAUCAACGACCCAGACAUUGACAACUCCUUCCAAAUCAACAAGGGCCUGCGCGUCUCGCGCCAGCUCUUCGUCGACCUGACGGAUAAGGGCAUGCCAAUCGCCAGCGAAAUGCUCGACACCAUUUCCCCGCAGUUCCUCGCUGACCUCCUCUCCGUCGGCGCCAUCGGCGCACGCACCACGGAGUCUCAGCUCCACCGUGAGCUCGCAAGUGGCCUGUCCUUCCCUGUCGGCUUCAAGAAUGGCACGGACGGCUCUCUAGAUGUCGCCGUCGACGCCAUCGGCGCCGUCAAGCACCCUCACCAUUUCCUCUCCGUGACGAAGCCCGGCGUCGUGGCGAUUGUGGGCACGGAUGGCAAUGAGGACUGCUUCGCGAUCCUGCGGGGUGGGAAGAAGGGAACCAACUACGACGCCGCGAGCAUUGCGGAGGCUAAGGCGAAGUUGGCUGAGAAAAACCUGAACCUGCGGUUGAUGGUUGACUGCAGCCAUGGCAACUCGCUGAAGGAUCACCGUAACCAGCCUAAGGUAGCCGCUGUGUUGGCGGAGCAGAUUGCAGCUGGGGAACAAGCGAUUAUGGGGGUUAUGAUUGAGAGUAACAUUAACGAAGGAAACCAAAAAGUCAGUCCGCAGGGGAAAGCAGGUCUCAAAUACGGAGUCAGCAUCACAGAUGCUUGCAUUGGCUGGGAGGAUACGGAGAGCGUAUUACAAACCCUCGCGGACGCGGUGCGACAACGACGGGAGCACGCACAAGUUGUGUCAUAA